AUGACGGAUAAAGGUGAAACGCUGGAAGAGAAAAAAUCGAAUUUUGAUACAUCUAUUGAUGACUCAAAGCUGUGUCAGUUAAUAGAAAUGUUCCCAGAAAUGGAUACUGAAACGAUUACCAACGCCCUAAGAAGUUCAAAGAACAAUUUGGAUCUCGCGAUUUCAUUUUUAUUGAGUGAUGUUGCCAGUGACACAAACAUUAAAUCAAUUUCCGAUGAUGACGAAAAUAUCAAGACCCCAAAAUUGGUGGACUUAUAUGAAAUGUUUCCUAAAAUUAAUUCCAACAUAAUACGAAGUUACUAUAAUUCACAUGAGAGAGACGUCAAAAGAACAAUUGUGGCUCUAUUGGAUUAUGAACUUCUCUCUGCAGAGGAUAUUAAUGAUCAAAAAAGGGUAGAACGGAGGAUAAAAAACACAAUUGAAGAUGGUAAUGUGAAUUCAUGGAAGUCUUAUAACGAGAAAAUAAAUCUCAUACUGAAGUUUACAGAAGUAGACGCCGUCUCAGCAAAGCGUUACUAUCAACAAAACCACAUGAAUCCUUUGAUGGCUAUAAUUUAUAUAAUACAAAAAAAUAUCAAAUCGGAACAAACUAUUCGACCUGCAACUUCUCCUGCUACUACAGGCUCAACAAGAACCCAAUUAGGGGGGCGUGUCCAAUCUGUCAAUGGAUUUGCAUAUAAGCCGAAAAUUUUUGAUGAAGAUAAAGAACCACCUUGCUCUGUAAGCGGUGUUGAUAUUAAUGCAAGACCAUGGUCUAAUAGAGAAAAAUUUGUUUAUUCUAAGUCAUCUUCCGAAAUAGUGGAACUUGGUAAUCUAAUAUCCUCUAAUGUCGACUUUCGUAGUAUAAACCCUGUAUUUGUCACUCAUGCCAUUAAAUACUACAACGGAUGUGUUGCACAAACAGUCGAUCUUCUAAUUUUGUUAUGCUCAAAUAAGUGCUCUAAAUUUACUUUUAUUAAUGAAGAUACUAAUAGCGACUUUAUUGAAACAAAUUCUUGGAGAUCUAAAAGCUCAACAAAGGCUCCUCGUGGAUCAUAUAAAACGAUCAGUAAUGAUAUAAAGCAAAAGUACGAACCCCAAUCUCAAAAGAUUGAUAUAAAUUAUACGCUUGACCAUCUUUUUGAGAAUUAUAGACUUGAUUUUCAUGGAUUACUACCAUCGCAAGCUGUUGAAAUAUUAUCAAGAGCUUUAACAAAAUGGUGGAAUGCUGAAGUGGAAGAACGUGAAUUGAGGAGAAAAAGGUUAAAUUUAGUGAAUGUUUGCUGUGUGAACCCAUUAAUUGUAAUUACAGGGCGUGGGAUUCACUCGGUAGGCGGGAUAUCAAAAGUUAGAAUACAAGUUAAGAAAUUUCUUGAGAAUAAAAAUUAUGUAUUUGACGAGGAACCAUCAUUUUUUACGGUAUAUGGUAAGCGACCCAGUUAA